GCUUAGGGGGCGGGGCCUCGUCCAACCCGCUGGCCUUUCGGUUUGAAAGAGGAGCCGCAUCGCUUCGUGGAUUCCCGGGCACGACGGCUCUCGCCGGGGGUGGGGAGCAGCCAUGCCGAAACAUGAGUUCUUCGUAGACAUGACCUGCGAAGGAUGCUCUAAUGCUGUCACCCGUGUUCUCAACAAGUUGGGAGGGGUUCAGUUUGAAAUUGACCUACCCAGCAAGAAAGUGAGCAUUGAGUCAGACCACAGUGUUGACACCUUGUUGGAUACACUGAAGAAAACGGGGAAGACCGCCUCCUACAUUGGAGAGAAGUAACCGCCGAGGAAGGAUGGACUUGUUGGGGCUACUGUGCUGCAGGAAAGCCCUCAGAAUGGAUCCAGUAAGAAAUCCGCUGCUUUUGAUUCUUCAUCCCAGCCCUUGUCAUUUGACCACAGUUGCUUGACCCGAUGUUAAGAGAAAAGAGAAUGGAUGCGAAGGACCGGCUCUUGGCGGGAAAAGAGAAAUGGCGACCACACAUGCCCCAAGUUCCCUCCUGCAAAUGUAGUAUUGACGCAUUCUUUGGGUUUGCCUUCUAAUAAAGGGAAGGAGCUGCUUCUAUUUUUUAAGUUAA